UCUCUUUUUAGCAGUCACACUCCAGCCGGCCAUAUUAGAGAGAUGGAAAUAAAGCUUCCUUCAUGUUGUUUGUGUCUUUGAAGCCCAGCGUGCAGUUUUGUUUAUUUUUUUUUUAAGCAUCAACCGUCCUCCCAAGUAGCCCUCAGGCCCCCUCGCCGCCCUCUCCUGGCCCUUCCCCGACUCCCCCAGCUCGGAAAAUGCACACAGAUUCCGGGCUCCCUCGCCCAGCUUCCAGGCUCACCGGGCUCAGCCUCCUUUUCUCUUUGGGUGCCCUUGGCCUGGCUCUCACCCGCCUUUGUCUGCAGUGCCCCUGGGGCGCAGCAUGGAAGUCACUGUCCCCAGCGCCCUCAACGUCCUCAAUGGCUCCGAUGCGCGCCUGGCCUGCACCUUCAACUCCUGCUACACCGUGAACCACAAGCAGUUCUCGCUCAACUGGACCUACCAGGAGUGUAGCAACUGCUCCGAGGAGAUGUUCCUCCAGUUCCGCAUGAAGAUCAUCAACCCCAAGCUGGAGCGCUUCCGGGACCGCGUGGAGUUCUCGGGGAACCCCAGCAAGAAUGACGUGUCAGUGAUGCUGAGGAACGUGCAGCUCGAGGACGAAGGGGUCUACAGCUGCUACGUCAUGAACCCGCCCGACCGCCAGCGCGGCCACGGCAGGAUCACGCUCAAGGUCCUCCUGGAAGAGCCCCCGGAGCGCGACUCCACUGUGGCUGUGAUCGUGGGCGCGUCCGUGGGGGGCUUCCUGGCCGUGGUCAUCCUGGUGCUGAUGGUGGUGAAGUGUGUGCGGAGGAAAAAGGAGCAGAAGCUGAGCACGGACGACCUGAAGACGGAGGAGGAGGGCAAGACAGACGGAGAGGCCAACGCAGAGGAGGGCGCCAAGUAGCCGCCCACCUCGCACCCCCGGCCCGCACCGUGCGCCCCUGCCUGUCCUCUCAGUGUGCGUCUCUUCACCCACCCCGGGACCCCCACCGGGGCUUCUGACCCCUCCCCUCAUGCCCCCCGCCCUGCGCCCAGGGCGAGAUCCACCUCUCUCUCAUUUGGGAAACCUGCCUGGGGUCUGGGGUGAUGGGGGGGUCUUAGGCUCAACCUGUGGGGGUGCCCUGAGGGGGGAGGGCAGUGGGGGACUGACUUCUGCUGCCUUGCUGGCCAGCAUGCUGAUGGACGGGCCGGUGGCAGCCUCAGGGAGGAGACAGCCCUGGGCAUCCCUGGCCUGGUGGGGUCCUGAGACUCUGGGGGGCUGCUAAGGGGACUUCUCCUGGCAUGGAAGAGCCCAGAUACAGCAAAGAGGGCACGAGACUUGGCCCAGGGCACCCCAGUUACCCCUGUUUUCCUCAUCGCUGAUCCCACCUGCUGGCUUUGUGGUGACUGGGUGUUCCCUGGGGCUUGGGGGGCCCUUCACUGGGAGUGCAGGUGGAGGGGUUGGGGUUCCUAGGUCUGAGGUCACUUUCCACCUUCAUUAUGGGGGCUGGCUUUCCUCUGCAGGCUGGAGCGGGGGGCGGUGGGGCCCGUGUCUGUCGCCCUGUGCCCACACACGGACUCAUGUCACCUUUGGAACCAGAACCCCAGCCCUGCCCAAACCCCUCUGGGGAAGAAAGUGGGAUUCGGGGGCACCAACCUUCACUGCCAUUCUACUCCCAUUCAGAGGAAACAAAGCCUCCACGGAGGGAGGGGCACCGAGAAUUUUCUAGAACAUUCCUUGGAAGACCCUCCAAGUCCACCUUGGGUGACAGGCAGGAACAAAGUUCAAAGGCAGAAAGGCGGGCUGGGGGUGGCCCUGCUUCUGCUCAGGCUCCCCUCCGUCAUGGGACUCUGGAGCCAGAAUCUUCCCAGAGGGAGGCCCUGCGACGGGGAAGGGGGCCUGCGGGGAGGGAGGUGGGGUGGCACUGCCCCCGCCCGGCCAGGCCACUUAGGGGGGCACAAGCGCUGCCUGGGGGCCUGGGCUCCUUCAUCACCCCAUCCAUCCAUCCACCCAUCGGGGUCCCUGGCAGGGACUGGGGGAGGGGGAGCUGCCCGGGCAUGUCUGAGCAUUGAAUUCCCACUACUGCAUUGGGGGUCGGCGGGUGGGGAGGAAGGACAUUUCAGGUCUGGGCACUGGGAAGGAGCCAGGGAAGGGAGGAGGAAGAGGCCAGAGAAGGGGAGAGGCCAGGGAGAGCGUCCGUGGGCAGCCGGCUAGCCAGCCCCCAGGUGGGGUGUCCAUCUGGAAACUUCCGGGGCGGGACUCAGUACCUAACUGCCAAUCAACACACUGCCAUUGGGGGUGGGCUAAACCCACCAGGCUGUCCAGGCCACCGGACACUGCCCGCGCUUCCAGCCACACAGCUGCAGGGGGGCGGUAGGGCAGUGCCCAUCUCUGCAGCUGCCAGCAGGUCUCCCUCACGGGCACCCUCGGAAGUGCUCCCUUCUCUCCCCCAGGGGGACAGGAGCCGGGCUGAUACUGGGGGCUUGCCCCUGCCCCCCACUCCUAACAUUUAGGGGACUUACUUGCAAGCUGCCGAGAUUUCCAGUCCCAGCUCUGCCCUGCCCUAGUGGGCCUGCGGGGGGGUGGGGGGAGAGCCCCUCCAGGGCCAGAGAUGCCACCCUGGUGUGUACCUUCUCCAGCUCUCCAGGGGCCGGGCGGUGGGGGAUGACACAGGGGCGUCAUCACGCAGGGGUGGGAAGUCAGCAGAUGUUGCCCCCGCAGCCUGCUUUCUACCAUCUGCCAGCCAGCCACCCUCCCACGCACCGGGGUUCGAGCCCCAUCGAUGACUGUGCGCUCACUGCUCUCUGAUGAGUCCAGUCUGCUGGGGUGCCCCCUAGCCCCCCAAUCCCA